CUAUGAUUAGAAUCCGCGGAACAAAUUGAAUUGUAUACUUAAUUGGUGGGUUAUAAAAAUAAUUCCCUAUUUUUUUUUUCUGUUUUCUUUUUCUUUUUCUUCUUUUUUUUCUUCUUCUUUUUACAUCUCUUUUUCCCAUCUUCUAAAUCAUCAGAAUUAAACAACAACAACCAUGUGUGGUAUUUUUGGUUACUGUAAUUUCCUUUGUGAAAAGUCUCGUCGUGAAGUUUGCGACACUCUCUUAAACGGCCUUUCCCGUUUAGAAUAUAGAGGUUAUGAUUCUGCUGGCUUGGCUGUUGAUGGUGAUAAUGACGAUAUUCUCAUCAUGAAGCAAGUUGGUAAGGUUGCAGCUUUAAAGAAACUUGUUUUUGAUGAACAAAUUGACUUUGGCAAGCCUUUUAUCAGUCACUGUGGUAUGGCACAUACUCGUUGGGCCACUCAUGGUCAACCUUCUCAAAUUAACUCUCAUCCUCAACGUUCUGAUGAGAACAAUGAAUUUACUAUUGUUCAUAACGGUAUUAUUACCAACUAUAAAGAAAUUAAACUUUUGCUCGAAAAGAAGGGUUAUGUCUUUGAAAGUGAUACCGAUACGGAAUGUGUUGCAAAACUGACCAAAUAUGUUUAUGAUUCUCAUAACAAGGAUAUGAGUCUUACUGAAUUAGUAAAAGCUGUUGUUAAGGAAUUGGAAGGUUCUUAUGCUUUUAUCUUUAAAUCUACACAUUUCCCUAAUGAAGUUGUUGCUACUCGUCGUGGUUCUCCCCUCUUGAUUGGUGUCAAAACUGCAAAGAAACUUAAGGUUGACUUUGUUGAUGUUGAAUUUGGUAACAAUAACUCUAUUGCCCCUGUCGAUGGUCAAGAUAUGUCUCGUCCUGCUUUAAAUCGCUCUCAAUCCAGAGCUUUCUUAAGUGAAGAUGGCUUACCUCAACCUAUUGAAUAUUUCUUAGCUUCUGAUGCUUCUGCUAUUGUUGAACAUACUAAGCGUGUCUUAUAUUUGGAAGAUGAUGAUAUUGCUCACAUUGCUGAUGGUGAACUCCAUAUUCAUCGUGUUCGUCGUUCGAAGGAAGAUAAUACUCCUCCUACUCGUUCUAUUCAAACAUUGGAAAUUGAAUUAGCUGAGAUUAUGAAGGGUUCCUUUGACCACUUUAUGCAGAAGGAAAUUUAUGAACAACCUGAAUCCGUUGUUAAUACUAUGCGUGGUCGUGUUAACUUUGAAAAUCAUGAAGUCACUUUGGGUGGUUUACGUGGAUACACUCAUAUCAUUCGUCGUGCUCGUCGUAUCAUUUUUAUUGCUUGUGGUACUUCCUACCAUUCUUGUUUAGCUACUCGUCAUAUCUUUGAAGAAUUAUGUAGUAUGGGUACUCAAGUUGAACUUGCUUCUGAUUUCUUGGAUAGAGCUUCUCCUAUUUUCAGAGAUGACGUUUGUGUCUUUGUUUCACAAUCUGGUGAAACUGCUGAUACUAUUUUAGCUAUGCGUUAUUGUUUAGAACGUGGUGCUGUCUGUGUUGGUGUGACUAAUACAGUUGGUUCUUCUAUCUCUCGUGAAACUCAUUGUGGUGUACAUAUUAAUGCUGGUCCUGAAAUUGGUGUUGCCUCUACCAAAGCCUAUACCUCACAAUACAUUGCUUUGGUCAUGAUGGCACUUCAACUUUCUCAAGAUACCACAUCCACACAAAAGAGACGUGAAGAAAUUAUUGAUGGCCUUUAUCGUUUACCUGGUCACAUCAAGGAAGUUUUGGCUAUUGAUACUAAACUUCAAAAGCUUGCUUUGGAUACUUUAUCUGAAGAAAAGAGUUUGUUAAUUUUGGGUCGUGGUUAUCAAAAUGCUACUUGUCUUGAAGGUGCUUUAAAGAUUAAGGAAAUUUCAUAUAUUCAUAGUGAAGGUAUUUUUGCUGGUGAACUCAAGCAUGGUCCUUUGGCUUUGAUUGAUGAAAAUAUGCCAGUUAUUUUACUUAUGACACAAGAUAGUCUUUAUCCUAAGGUUCAAUCUGCUCUUCAACAAGUUACUGCUCGUAAGGGUAAUCCUAUCAUUAUUUGUAAUACAGGAGAUCAAAACUUGAUCAAUAAUUAUAAGACAAUUGAAGUUCCCAAGACAAGUGAUUGUUUACAAGGUUUAAUCAAUAUCAUUCCUCUUCAAUUACUUUCUUAUCAUCUUGCUAUCUUGAAGGGUGUAGAUGUUGAUUUCCCUAGAAACCUUGCAAAGUCUGUUACAGUAGAGUAAAAUCAUUCUAUUCCUUAUAUACUUCAUUAUUGUCUUUUCAUCUUUUCUAUUAUUCCUUUUUCCUAUAUACACAAUUUUAUUAUUAUUAUUUUAUUCAUGAUAAUAAAACGAAAAAGUUACUUUUAAUAAGAUUA